CUGCGCCUAAAAGGCCCUGUAUGGUUCUCAGCUUCUCUCUCCGACAAUCGAAUUCCAGAAAGAGACAGACACCGGGAAGGUGGAAAAUCCGCGGAGGGAGAAUUCUUCAUCGCUUCCAUGGUGAAUUUUAGGGUUCAAAGGGAUUCCAGGUGAUCGGAAUUCUCAGAAUCUCGAUGGAAAUGCCCGGCAGGAGGUUGAACUAUACGCUUCUCAGUCAAGUUCCAGACGACCAAUUCAGUGGCGGCGUUUCCGUGGCUGGAGCCGGAACUUCAACAUAUUUUAUAGAAUCUUCAUCUGGAGAGGGGAAGAACGACAAGAGGAAGUUGGAAAAAGGAUUGGAUUGGGAAGCUGGUGGUGAUCACAGGGCGAGCCAGCAGCAGGUUAAUUGGAUCGGYAAUAUGUACUCAGCCUUUGGUUUGCAGAGGCAGUCGAGUGGAAGCAGCUUUGGCGAGAGCUCGAUAUCAGGGGAGUACUAUGCACCGACACCAUCGACAACGGUGGCUAAUGAGACGGAUGCCUUUGGUUGUACGCACGAUGAUGUGCUUAGGAUCGGAGGUGAUUCGAGAGCACAGGCAGCUGAGAUGGCUGCGGGGAUUGGAGGAUCUUCUAGUAAGAGUUGGGCGCAACAGACGGAGGAGAGUUAUCAACUGCAGUUGGCAUUGGCGCUACGGCUUUCAUCAGAGGCAACUUGUGCUGAUGAUCCUAAUUUUUUAAAUCCAUAUCAGGAUGAUUCGGCUUUAAGGAGGUCGAUAAGCUCUGCCAAGGCUGUGUCACAUCGAUUUUGGGUGAAUGGCUGUCUAUCAUACUUUGACAAAAUUCCUGACGGGUUUUAUCUAAUCCACGGAAUGGAUCCAUAUGUAUGGACUGUGUGCACCAGCCUGCUUGAUAAUGAUCGUAUGCCAUCAAUUGAGUCUCUAAAGUCUGUUGAUCCUAGCUUGGAUUCUUCAAUUGAAGUUGUUCUGAUUGAUCGGUGCACUGAUCCCAACUUAAAAGACCUCCAAAAUUGGRUCCAAAGCAUAUCUAGCAGCUCUAUAACCACAAAAGAGGUUGUAGAUGAGCUCGCAAAACUUGUCUGCAGGAGUUUGGGUGGCUCAGUUUCUGGAGAAGAUGUUUUGGUGUCCAUCUGGAGGGAGUGCAGUGAUAACUUGAAGGAGUCCCUAGGCUCAGUGGUUGUUCCUCUUGGUGGCCUCUCUGUAGGACUCUGCCGGCAUCGUGCUCUUCUUUUCAAAGUGUUAGCUGACACAAUUGAUUUACCCUGUCGAGUAGCCAAGGGCUGUAAAUAUUGCUUGUGCCACGAUGCUUCCUCUUGUCUUGUUCAGUUUGGGCUUGACAAGGAGUAUCUGGUUGACUUGAUUGGGAAUCCUGGUUGCUUAUACGAGCCUGAUUCUUUACUCAAUGGUCCAUCCUCCAUCUUGAUCUCCUCGCCAUUGCGAUUUCCACGACCUAAGCCAGUUGAGCCUGCCGUUGAUUUCAGGUCACUGGCCAAACAGUACUUUUCAGAUUGCCAGUUGCUUAAUAUUGUUUUUGAUGAAGCUUCCUCAGUUACAAUGACAGAAAUUACCGUGGAUGGAGAAGAUGGGGCACUCCCCUAUCUAAAGCAGUCUGACAGAAAGUUCACAAACAGAAACAACCCAAUGAUUAUCACUGGUGAUAGUGAUGAAAAAUCCCCUUUAAUGCAUGCAAAAACUUCUCAGCCUAACUCCCAAGACAGAGAUUUCCAUAACAUUAUACAAUCAACUGCCCUGGUUGGGGAUCCAAUCCCACUAAAUUAUGCUCCUCAUAAUAUCCGUAGAAGUGUUCAGUCGCUUUUGGACAUGCCCCAGCCAAGAAUGGAUUCUACUGCACAGGGAGGUCAGCUAAUACCAAGCAGUCGGAGUAAAGCAGUUCCCCUUGGUGCGGAGGAUUUGGACAUUCCAUGGAAUGAUCUUGUUCUAAAAGAGCGAAUUGGAGCAGGUUCUUUUGGAACUGUACAUCGUGCUGAUUGGAAUGGAUCGGAAGUGGCCGUGAAGAUCCUCACAGAACAAGACUUCCAUCCUGAACGCGUUAACGAGUUUCUGAGAGAGGUCGCUAUCAUGAAAUCCUUACGACAUCCUAAUAUUGUAUUGUUUAUGGGUGCGGUGACUAAGCCACCAAACUUGUCCAUUGUUACUGAAUAUCUAUCGAGAGGUAGCUUGUAUAGGCUUUUGCACAAGUCAGGUGCCAAAGACAUAGAUGAAACACGUCGGUUAAGCAUGGCUUAUGAUGUAGCAAAGGGAAUGAACUAUCUCCAUAGACGUGAUCCACCAAUUGUUCAUCGUGAUCUAAAAUCUCCAAAUCUUUUGGUAGACAAGAAGUAUACAGUAAAGGUUUGUGAUUUUGGUCUCUCCCGUUUGAAGGCACGCACAUUUCUUUCAUCAAAAUCUGCAGCUGGAACACCUGAAUGGAUGGCUCCAGAAGUACUCCGUGAUGAGCCCUCAAAUGAAAAAUCAGAUGUUUACAGCUUUGGAGUGAUUUUGUGGGAGUUGGCUACUUUGCAACAGCCGUGGUGUAGUCUAAACCCAGCUCAGGUUGUAGCAGCUGUUGGAUUUAAGGGCAAAAGGCUUGAGAUUCCAAGGGAUGUAAAUCCCAAAGUGGCUUCCUUAAUAGAGGCUUGCUGGGCCAAUGAGCCUUGGAAACGUCCAUCUUUUUCCAGCAUAAUGGAAUGCUUGAAGCCAAUGACUAAACAGCCACCUCCUCCUCAACAAAGUCGUGCUAACCCGCUCUCAAUUAUGUGACGAUAUGUAACAUGGGAAUGCCUGACGUUUUCGUGUGCUAAUCAUGCUAUUCUUCUAAGAGAUAUCUGGAGGAUUAAAAUGAUACUCCACRGGAUAUGAGGUACUCCCAGUCAAAGCUUUCAUUUUGUCAUUACUAGUAGUUCUAUUUUCGAGCAAAGAUCUUGUACCGCGCUUCUCCCGGGUUUUUGCGAAGGAAUGGAGAAGCGCUAGGAAUCUUCGACUGCUACACAAUACCAACCAAGCACAUAAAGAGAGUGGAUCAUUUCACUGCUCAGAAACAAGGGAGCUUCAACCUUUUUGCUAUUUUGAUAAGCAAGCGGAUUGCAGGCCACACCUUUAUUUGUUUGUAUAACUAUUGAUUUUAUUUCGGGGACGGGGACGCGACCGGAACCAGAACCAGGAACUAAUUUUGUACAUACUAGUGAUUAGUUGUGGCUGGGUACAAUCAUAUAUUCAGCCGAACUUGGUGUCUGGCCUGUUUGCUAGGGAAAUACCAUAAUUGUUAUUUAACAGGUAGUUCAAACAUUCACUCACUA